UUGGGCAGAAGUAUGAAUGUCGUCAUUGUAAUACAACUAUGCAGACGAACAAGGAAUAUUCAAAACAUCUUGAAACGCACAAGAAAUAUAACUGCACUUGGCCCAAAUGUAAAAAGACAUACUUUAGAAUAUAUGAUCUUCAAAGGCAUUACAAAACACAUCAAUAUAAACUCCAGUGUGGUUGUGGCAAUUUAUUUUCGCGCAGGGAUACAUUACGAAUACAUCAGCGGCGAUGUGACGGAAGCAGUCUUGAACAGAAAUAUGAAUGUCGUUAUGGUAAUGCGACUACGAAGACAACAAAGGAAUAUUCAGAACAUCUUAAAACGCACAGGGAACAAGAUUUAUAUAAGUGCACCUGCUCCAAAUGCGGACGAAAAUUCCGUUACCCAGCGGAACUUCGAGAUCAUUAUGAAAGGAAUCAGCGUCAACUGUGUGAAAAUUGUGGCCGUUUUAUUUCUGGUAAGAGUAACCUACAAAGGCACAAGCAACGAUUCCACGGAGUUAGGAAAGUGAAAAAGUAUGAGUGUCCACACGUUAAUUGUAGUGCGACCGUACAGAGCAGAACGGAAUAUCUAGAACAUUUCCAAACGCACGAUAAACCAUUUCAUUAUCAAUGCAAACAUUCCGGUUGUGGGAAAGAAUUCCGCAAAUCAUGCUCAUUUUUCAGACACAAGAAAUUCUGUCAACACAAACCUCCGAAUUCAGCGGAAGGAAAUUCGCAGUUGGGACAUUUGGCUGACACUGGAAACCAUCAUAUUGCCGGUCAAAGCUCAGUGGGUGAACAAGAUCGCUCAAGCAAUGACUAUCCCUUAGAAAAGUUCAACAUCAUCGACGACCUCGAUGGUAGUAUCUUCGACGAUCUUAACAUCCCCGACAAUGUUGUUGUUGACGUCGAAGAUAUUAAUAUCGACGAUGGUAACAUCUUCGACGGUGUUGUUGUUAAUGAAUGGAUGAUUGAAUGA